AUGCGAUCUGGGCGCUUCCUCGUCGGCCGGCGUGGCGGCGGCUCUUCGCCGCCCGAGAACUCUCGGCAGUUUUGUCUCGGCUGCAGCCUCUUCAAAGGAAAAGCUUCCGACACUUUCUCACCUAGAGAGUCAUCUCUUUCCUCUCUUAACCUCAGGCGUCUGCGGGCGGAGUCUCCCCGAAAACUCUCUCCUCCCUCUCCGGUUGCUCCUCCUCAGCCCCCUAGCCUGUCCCAGUUUGCCGCUUCUUCCUCUUCUCUCUUCCUUUUCUCUUGUCGUUGCCCGGCCUUCCGGUUCUCUCCUUUUCGUCCCUUUUCUUCCAACGCGUUCGCAGCCUGGAGGGCGCCUCCCGUUUUGCACCUUCGAGGCGUCCAAGCCGCUCGGCAGUUCCUUCCGGAAGUCAGCGGCGAGGACGCGUUCCCGAACAGCCUCAAAUUCGAAGAAAAGCUGCCUCUCCCUCCUAAUGACGGAGGCGCCCUAAGAACCGAGCUGCAGGCAACCCCCGCCGUCACGCGUUCUCGAUCUCGACAGGAGACUUGCGACACCGUCGACGGCCUCUCUCACUCCUCUCCGGAUGCGUGCUCGUCCUUCUCUCAACGGUCUCCUGUCUCGCCUCAUUCCAUCCUCGGGGGAGAAAGUGACGAAUUGUACACGGAGACAGAGAUUGGUGCAGGCGCCUUUGUGUCUGAGCGCCCGUGGAAAAUGGAAGGCGUGAUCCGCUACAGAAGCGAAGAUUUCGUCGUCAGAGAAGUCGGCGAAGACGGCAGAGUGUGCCCUCUCGAUCUCGGGUGUAAUGACACCUCAGGGCUAGAGCUCAUCGACGCGAGACGCGACGCAGUCCUACGUUCUCUCCUCGCCCACCGCGAAGCCGCGCGUUCUGCUCGUGCGUCUUCUUUCGAGGUUUCAACAGUCUCUUCUCGCUCUUCCCCCGAGUGCGGCGCGGCCGCGGAGGAAACUCCAAACCACGCUUCGAACUUUGAAGAACCGAUGAGCCGAGAUGCCAUCGAAAAGGAAGUCGCUGCUCUUUUCUCCGUGCGCUUCAUCCUCACCAAACACAACCGCGAAACGCCGGAAGCCAUCGAGGCUCUCGCUCGGGCCACGGGAAUCGACGUCAAACGCUUUUCAUUCGCAGGCAUGAAAGACAGACGUGCUGUCACUUCACAAUGGGUAGCCUGCUCCAACCCUCUUCCUCUUCCUCCUCUCUCUUCUUCUUCUUCUCCAUCUUCUUCUCCUUCUUCGUCUCCCCCUCCCUCUUCUCCUUCUCCUUCUUCUCUCGCUUCUUCUCUCCCCCAUCUGGGGAGAGACAGCGAAGGCUUGGCGAUGAAAAGACAAGAUCGGUUGCGCCGCGAGAGAACACCAGCGCCUCUUCAGGAAGCGACAGAAUCGCCGGAAGAGAAGCUGUUCACUGCCGAGCUUGCAGCGAAAGCCAUGAGUCACCCGUCCUGGGAUGCCUGUGUGUCCUGGAGCCGUUUCGAGCUCGGCGAGGUUCAUCUUGGAUGUCUCGGAGGAAACCGUUUCUCCAUUCUUCUUCGGAAUGUGCGCCUCAAAAACCAUCAAAACGGGAAACCGUUACCCGCAUUAUCUUCUGCCUCUUUGGCGUCGCCUGCUUGCGCGUCUCCUGGAGUGGAUGAGCCUGUUUCUUCUCCGUCCUCUGCGUUUUUAGGCGCAUCUUCCACGUCUGCUGUCGGCGCUUCCUCUGGCGCCUGUGAACCUUCAACCGGAAUGCCCGAUUCCACAAAAGAGACGAAUCGCCUCGCCUGGGAGCUCGCGGACGAGCAGAGCCUGCUGCAUGCGACUGAAGAGGCGGCUGAGACGAUGCGACGGUCCGGCUUCAUCAAUUAUUUCGGGCCUCAGCGCUUCGGAACAGGAGCUCGCCCCAGUCACCACAUUGGUCGAGCGCUUCUUCAUCGACAGUUUGCGCGAGUUUGCAAUUUAAUCAUGAAAAUUCCAGACGCGCUUCCGUCCAGGGUGCCUCGCCGUGGAGGUUCUUCCGUCUCGAGAGGGCCCCGUUCGAAACACGACGAAAAAACGCUUCCCGCCUCACACCCUCAACUUGAUUCGCCGUUCCCUCUCCCUUCUUCCUUCUCGUCUUCCUCUCCGUUCGAAGGUCAAGCUGGCGGCGCGUUUCAGGCGGCGCAGGAGGCGUUUUGGGCCGGCGAGUUUCGACGAGCGCUCGCACUGUUGCCUCGACAGUGUCGGCAAGAGCGACAAAUUCUGCGCGUUCUCGCGGCGUCGCCACCCCCAGCCUGGCGCAAGCCUUCUGCGUCGGGGCGACGAAAGGCGGAGGAAGUCCCAGAUCUGAAGAGGCAAACGGAAGCCGAAGGAGACGAACUCAAAAAAGCGCGGGGAAGCACGGACAAAGAAGAGACAGUGGGGAGCACAGAGGACCCGAACUGUGAGGCCUCAGAAGAGCUGGAGUGCGUCGAGGCCGUGGAACUCGCCGCUGCGUCAGGCGCAGUUUCAGAGGGCCUUGCCCGCAGGGUGGCGGCGACAGUCUCCUUCUCUUCGUCUGCCGUUCGACCCAAGCGCAGUGAAUCCAUGCAUGCGCCUGUUUGGACGUCUUCGCCCGCUGCGCCGCCUUCCUCAGGCGAGAGAGAGAUGCACGGCGCAGGCCUGGCUCGGCGCGAAGAGGUGCUCAAGGCCGUCCGGAGCAUUCCCCGUCUCCAGAGACUGAUUUACGUGAAGGCGUAUGCGUCGUAUCUCUGGAAUGCGUGUGCGACAGAGAGAGCGCGGGUGUAUGGUCUCUCGAAGCCGGUCGUCGGCGAUCUGGUGCUAGAGAGGCCGGAGCACGCGGCGCAAUCGCAAGAGCGAGGAGAGAUCUUGGACGGAACCCUGGAAGAGAACCAAGGAGUGCAUCCGCGGGAAGAAGACCGGGAAACGACCGAGAACGCUAAACCUCCAGCUCUUGAAGCAACAAGACAACCCACAUCCAAGGAACACGCCCGUCACACUCGCCCUCAACCGUCCGCUUUUUCCUCUUCUUCUUUGCCAUCCUUCGCUUCAUCUUUUCCUUCUUCAUCGUCAUCUUUGUCGUCUUCCUCUUCGUGUUUAACGCGAACUGGAGAAGAGCGGCCAGGGUGUCAGAGAGUUCGCGUAUUGAAAAGCGAAGAAGAGUGCCGCCGGUUUUCGAUCGAAGAUGUCGUCUUGCCUCUGAUAGGCGCCGGAAUGGUUUUCCCCGAAAACAAAGUCGGCGAGUUUCUCCGAGCGCUGAUGCGAGAGGAACACCUCUGUGAGCGUCUGUAUCGGCGAGAAGAAGAACUGUUUCUCGAUGCGUCCUACCGUCCCCUCCUUGCUUUCCCUCGCGAUUUUUCCUGCACGCUUGACUCCUCUUCAGCGCAGGAUUCUUCCUCCUCGUCUUCUGACUCUUCUGGUUGGGGAUGUGUGUCUAGCCCCGUGCCGCCGUUCAAUCUCCGUCUCGACUUCACACUUCCUCCCGGCGUUUUCGCUUCGGCGUUGAUUCGGGAAUUCACGCAGGUUCCCUUUGAGCACCCCUUCAAGCAGCGAAAACGCGAGCGCCGCGAGUUGCCUCGCGCGCCGAGAACGUCGCCGACAUGA